UCUGUAUUGUUAACUUAAGGUCCCUCGUUACAUUCUGUAUUGUUAACUUAAGGUGGUUCAUUCCAUUCUGUAUUGUUAACUUAAGGUGGUUCAUUCCAUUCUGUAUUGUUAACUUAAGGUGGCCGGUUCAUUCCAUUCUGUAUUGUUAAGUUAAGGUGGUUUAUUACACUACAAUUUUAUUUAAUGGCUUGUUAUAAGCACCUAGUAUGAGGCAUAAUUUCACUAUUGAAAAAGUAAUACAAGCUCUCAAUUAUUUACAUGAUUUUUUCAUGAUUUUUUUUGGGUGAUUUUUCCUGAUAAAAAUAUAAAAGACGAUAAAAAAAGGUGUUUUGCUUGCAAAUAUGAGAGAUUUAAGAGUCCAAAUUUCGCUGUUAUUUGAUGCAUGAUUUGAAUACAUAAUAAAACAUGCCUAAGAGACUCAAAUGAACAUUCUGAUUUUUUAGGAAAUAUUUAUGAAAAUUGAAACUGUUAUUUGUUAAUAUUUCUUUAAUCUACAAAUAACAUAUUUAAAAAAAAAAACCACAAGUUCUUGUUUCAAGGACCAUGUAUAUGAAUUUCCAAUGAAAGGUUUAUGUCAGAUAUGAGCUUGGACGAAGGGAAGGACAAACACAAUCUAUAUACUGUAAAUGGGGAAAUGUUUGCGUUGGUUUUAAUUUCGCUAUGUUCGUGGUCGGGGAUUUUUCUGCGAAAUUAAAACAAUCGCAAUCAUUUUGCAAGUGUGACACAAUACGUUUUGAACAGUUACCAGUAAUCAAAAUAAAAUUUGAAUUCCAUGAAAAUAAAACCUCCGCAAUUGGACCAAUAUGAAAAACCGCAAACUUUUAGCACCACGAAAUUAAAACUGCUUACAGCUAGCACUCCCUCGAAAAUUUUCAGGGAGCAUAAAAAAUUAUGCAACUAAAGGGGAAGGGUGUUGCAACCUCUAGAGCCACCAAAAAAGUUUGAACAAACUUGAAUAUUCAGUAAGAAAGCUAUCGUGUAAGUUAAAAAUUUGUCUUUCUGGUCACAUACUUCUUGUCAAUAUGAGAUCUUUAUAAGUUAUUUCCCCUUAAAAAUGGGCAUCACAGCCCUUCUUUUGCACACAAUGGAAUGCCCUGCACUGAAGGAUACUUUGAGGAAAGUUCAUGUUUGAUAAUGGCCAUACAUUUCUCCAUGUGAAAAGUUUACAAUUCACAGACAGAAUGACAGACAAUGCACAGACAGAAUGACAGACAAUUCACAGACAGAAUGACAGACAAUGCACAGACAGAAUGACAGACAACGCACAGAUUAGAGAAAAACAACUUACUUAUAACUGAUGAACCUAAGGCUCAGAUGAGCUAAAUUGAGAGGAAGGGGGCGAAUUGUAUUGAGUUUGUUCCUUUGAAAAGUGACUGAUUUUUUCUGCCAGAGUAUAAAUCAAUAGGCUAUUAACCUUGUUGCUAAAUUAUUCAGGGCUAAAAUAAUUCAGUCUUAUUGACAAAAUCCAUAAUAUACCAUAGAUAUUUCACUUUUAGUUUUUCAUACUUUGAGAGGAUUAUGAUAAUAAUUACACUUGUAUGUUUCUAUAAAUUAUUAUUUUAUGAUUUAAUUUUUUCCCCUUCAAAUCAGUGAACAGAUUCCAGAAAAUACAGCAGUUACUGGAACAUUGAAAUCUGGGAAUAUCCUGAGAUCUAAAAGCUCUGACAACCCCUCUUUAUUUUCAAAUAGGUAUUUCCUCAGUGUUAAGAUUCUGUUAACACAAUACAGGGUAUAUAAGCUAACACAACAUGGUUUAUUCCUGAUCCAACACACUACAGUACCUCAUCAAAAGCGCUCCUGUGAAUUUACUGCAAAUCAAUGGCUGAAUAACUGCAUUAUAUAAGUUUAUUUUGUCAUUGAUCAAUAUCUCAAAAACAAUAAGCGCAGGGCUGUUCAGGAAAAUAUACACAGCAAAAACGGAUACUUGUCUCAUUAGUGGACAGUGAUUUGUGGAGCUGUGAGCUGCAGCCAGUGACUUCUGGAGAAUAGCUGUGAUCUCUUCUGUGUGUUCAUCAAAUAGAAAAAAGAAUUCAUACCGCACUCAGAAGUAUGUGAAGUCCUCCGACAAAAACCUGAUACAGGGAGAACCUCCUACAGGUAAAACUUGAUACAGGUAAAACCUGGAUAAUGGUGGAUUACUGUGAUGCUUUAGGUAUAGUGUAAGUCAGAGACCAACUGGUCUUGAAAUUAGAGGAGGGAGAUUUCAUUUGGUGGCUAAUGACCAAUCAACAACUGAUUAUCAAGAAAAUAAGUCACGUAAACUGAAAUGUGGCAUAAAUCUGCAGUUCUCCAACAUCUUUGUCGAUGAGUGAUUAUGGGACUUACAGAAUACCUGUUUGUUAAAUUAUUUAUGGGAGCCAAUCUUAAAACACAGCUGGAUUUUAAUUCCGUUUUGCCAUCAGUAUCUGGUAAAUCUUGGAACCCUCUUUUUAUUGCUUUCCCAUCAUGGAGCAAGGGUAUAGAAAAGGAUGCUGUAAUACACUGAUAAAUAACGGAGAGAUGAAAAUUUGAAAGCUUAUUUCUGCUGAUAUCUUAAGUAAACAAGCAAAUUUGUGAAAAGAUACCUAAGUCAAAGACUCUAUAAAUAUAUCUACUACUACAGAAAUGAUAAUGACAUUCCCGAUAGCCAGAACAACAUAUGAUGCUCGGACAAACGACGACAGGUAGCUGUCAUCCUGGAUUUUUUUUACUUAAGGAAUUUACACCUUAAGCCAUCAGUUUCCGUCAAUCAGGUUGUUGAACUUGUUGGGAAAAUAUUUUACACACAGAACUCUUGGUUUGUCUAUCUACCUCCUGUCACAGUUUUAAGCUAAGACCCUUUAUUCAUAUCAUGUAAAGAAAGUAUGUCACAGCCUGAUGAUGGCUGAUACUACCUGAAGCAAAGUUCUACAAAUUAUGUCUUAAGAAAAACACCCUAUGUAAUAAGCAUUUUCAUGAGCGUAUCAUACAUGUACCAUUUGCGGUACUUGUUUUAACACCUGCACUAAUCUAUUUCCAUUUUUCUAAAAGAGUUCUUUUAGAGCUGUUUUUAGUUUCACUGCAUAUUACGGUCAGUUGUAGAUGCCCUGGGAUUCAGACCGGGCCCUUCAUUGCUUUAUCUUAAGAUAACCGCGGUCAGUUGUAGAUGCCCUGGGAUUCAGACCGGGCCCUUCAUCGCUUUGUCUUAAGAUAACUACGGUCAGUUGUAGAUGCCCUGGGAUUCAGACCGGGCCCUUCAUUGGUUUGUCUUAAGAUAACCAUGGUCAGUUGUAGAUGCCCUGGGAUUCAGACCGGGCCCUUCAUUGGUUUGUCUUAAGAUAACCACGGUCAGUUGUAGAUGCCCUGGGAUUCAGACCGGGCCCUUCAUUGGUUUAUCUUAAGAUAACCACGGUCAGUUGUAGAUGCCCUGGGAUUCAGACCGGGCCCUUCAUUGGUUUAUCUUAAGAUAACCGCAGUCAGUUGUUUACAAAUGAAUCAAAACAAUAGCAAGCCAUUAGAAUUGAUAUUUUCACAAAUGGAAGCAUUUUUCCCUGAUGGACUGGUCGUGGUUGUUGUAUUAAGCUAUAAGUUUAUUAGUUUGAAUCCAUAUUCAAUGCAAAUACCCGCUACAUCUGUGGUUCUUCAACUUAGGGUGAACACAAAGAAGAUCACAUACUGUUCACUUUGAAGUGGUUCCAAAUAAUACUGAAUAGUGAAUAAAUAGAUGAUGAUUUUCUGAGUAGAUUAUUUUUUAUGAUAGUAUGAUUUAAGUAAGAAAGGUUCCUUUGGCUCCAUGACUUGUUAUUGAAAACAAGAGGCCCAUGUAAAUAUUUAAAGAUUUUUCCUAUAUAUUUGCAUGUAAAACUUUGAUCCCUAUUUUGGCCCCAACCUACUCCCGGGGACCAUGAUUUUUACAAAAUUUAAUCUGCACUAUGUCAGGAAGUUUUCAUGUAAAUGUAAACUUUUCUGGCCCAGUGAUUUUUCAGAAGAUAUUUAAUGAUUUUUUAUUUACAGUAUUUAUAUAGCUAUUUAAAAAAAAUUUUCCCUAUAUAUUUGUAUGUAAAACUUUGAUCCCCUAUUGUGGCCCCAUCCUACCCCCCGGGGCCAUGAUUUGAACAAACUUGAAUCUGCACUAUGUAAGGAAGCUUUCAUGUAAAUCUCAGCUUUUCUGGAUCAGUGGUUCUUGAGAAGAUUUUUAAAGAUUUUUUUCUAUGUAUUUGUAUGUAAAACUUUUAUCUCCUAUUGUGGCCCCAUCCAAUCCCCGGUGGCCAUGAUUUUAAGAAACUUGAAUCUGCAUUAUGUCAGGAAGCUUUCAUAUAAAUUUCAGCUCUUCUGGCCCUGUGGUUCUUGAGAAGAUUUUUAAAUGACCCCACCCUAUUUUUGCACGUUUGUGAUUAUCUCCCCACUGAAGGGGGCAUGGCCCUUCAUUUGAACAAACUUGAAAGCCCUUCACCCAAGGAUGCUUUUGGCCAAGAUUGGUUAUAUUUGGCCCAGUGGUUCUGGAGAAGUUGAAAAUGUAAAAAGUUUACAGACAGACGGACAAGAGGCAAUCAGAAAAGCUCACUUGAGCUUUCACAGACAGCACCACUAUCAGAGUGAAAUUAUUGAUGUGAUGUCUAUUACACAUGACAGUAGGAUGGUGUCCACAACGCCUGCUUCGGCCAUCCCAUUCAACAUACAGAUAGAUUCCUCCACAACUUCCUCCAUCCUCUUGUCCUGGGGAGCAAGCAACAACUUCAUCCACUCCACCAUUUUGGCCUACCAGGUUCAUUAUCAGAAAGAGGCUAGCAAGUACGUGCAGUACGGCCCGAGACUGCCCUCCACAUCCUCCGAGUUCAACAUUCAGAAUCUUGUGGCGGAUACAUUCUAUAAAAUUUGUUUGGUUAUAUAUCAGAACAAUACCGUGACACCUGACCGCGAGUGUGUGGACGCCUCCACCUCAAACUGGCGGAUUCCUGUCUCCAUUUCCGUCGGCAGCAGCAUCGGAGCUGUGCUGGCUUUGUUCUUGAUUAUGCUCAUUGUGGUGGCGGUGGCUCGAUGUCCCUCCACCAUUCGUUGGCCUCACAAGCAGAAAAUGACUUGCAAAAAAUAUGACAGUAUAUCUUCACAUUUUCACUACGAUUUCAGUGAUACCGUGACUCAUGAACGUGAAGAUGACAUUACCUCCGAUCAUAGUGAAACUGAAUUACAUAGGGAGGGCUGUAACGCGAGCCCACACCACCACCACUCAGAGCACCGCACGGCAGCUGCACAUCUUUGUAAUGGUCACCACCACAAUCAUCAUCAGGUGACCUUCAGUGAUCCUCCGACACGAUGUACUGGUGCACGGCCCAAAGUUCAAAUUCCUAAGCAUUGUCAACAUUCAACUUGCCUCGGGAAAAAACAACUGAUGUCACACUCCUCAACAGAUUCGGAAACUGAUCACGUGACUUUAGUACAACAAAUGAAAUGUCCAGAAAAGUGGUGUGAAAAUGCUCAAAUUUGUUUCAGUGAUGAUAUUUAUAAUAUACAGGUUUUAAACAGACCUGAUGGAGAUUUUAAUCAUUCUCCUGUGUGCUGUUCUAAACAUCAAAGCAACGAUUUUCUGUUUGGACCCGGGUCCCUUGAAUAUAAAGCAGGAAGUUCUGUACUUGUGCACAAAGCUCCCAGUCCGAGUCAGAUGGAGGUGUCCUCGAGCGAUUCCGGAUACAAAGAAACUUUGCAUAAAGCUCAGUCUGAAUCCUUUGAAGAUAAAAAUGCUUUCUUCUCUGCCACAGACAAUUUUGCAUCCGAUUUGGAAACAAAUGAGGGAAAGUACAAGAACGAGAUUUCAGAUGAAUAUGAAAUGACAGACCUCACAGACAAAUUGAGAUCUGUCCAUGUCUCCCCCUCUCCGGGCAUAGAUCAAUCCGUCUAGUGUCAACCAAUUCCUGAACUAAGAUGCUCAAUCGAGAUGAACUAAAAUGCAUUGCAUCAAGAUAUCCAAGCAUGAUUUUUUGUAUAUAAAUUCCCCAGUAUGUAAAUAUUAAUUGUUGUUUUCAACUUUGUACCUAUUAAAGCUGUAUGGUCCGAUGUU